UCUUUAGCCAUAUACCUUUCAUAUUUGAGAAUCCUUAUAUAUCUGAUUGGUGCUUUUUAAACUUUGGUUUCCAUUUAAAAGCAAAUCUGAUCAAUCAAAAGAAAUCGCAAAAGUAAGCAAAAAAAGUAUUUUUAUGUUGUUGCAUUUUUGUUAGCUCCUUUGAUUGUUAUUUAUUAGCUAGAAUCAUUGCUCAAAAAGACCCAGGUCUAUAGAUUAAAUCAUUUAUUAUUGAAAAAAAAAAGACAUUUGAAACAUUGUCCUUCGUUCCCAUUAUGCUCAUUAAUCGUUGGAUUUCUCGUGCCCAACCUUUGUUGAGCCAGAACGUUCGCUCUGUUCACUUUAGUUCCACGGCAGCGUCUUCUGUUUGUUGUAGACGCUCCUCGCCUUGGAAAUCAUGUCGCUCUGAAUUUAGCAGAAGAUUUUUCGCAGCUUCGAAUUACAAUUUAUUUUCCACUAGUACUCCUACCAGAUCUUCUUCUGUCAGCGCGUUUUACAUUCCUUCAUUUAACUUGUUUGGCAAAGGUAGUCUUAACGAAGCCGCUAAUCAAAUAAAGAUGAGUGGUUACAAAAAAAUAUUAAUUGUUACUGAUCCUGGCAUCAUUAAAAUCGGUCUUUGCGAUAAAGUUAAGGGGCUUUUGGAAGAAAGGGGUUCUACUGUUUAUAUUUACAAUGGUGUACAGCCCAACCCCACUGUCACCAAUGUUAAGGAUGGAUUAAAACUCAUUAAGGAAUUCGGCUGUGACUCCAUAGUGUCCAUCGGUGGUGGUUCGGCUCAUGAUUGCGCCAAGGGUAUUGCUUUGCUUGCUACCAACGGUGGUAAAAUUGCUGACUAUGAAGGCGUUGAUAAGUCGCUAAAGCCUCAACUUCCUUUGGUUUCCAUCAACACUACCGCUGGAACUGCCAGCGAAAUGACCCGGUUCGCUAUUAUCACUGAAGAAACUCGUCAUAUAAAAAUGUCGAUUAUUGACAAGCACACUAUGCCUUGCCUUUCUGUCAACGAUCCCGAAACUAUGUAUGGACUUCCUCCCUCUUUGACCGCUGCAACUGGCAUGGAUGCCUUGACACACGCUGUCGAGGCCUAUGUUUCCACCGCUGCCAACCCAAUUACCGAUGCCUGCGCCCUUAAGUGUAUGGAACUCGUUGGUCAAUAUCUGAAUCGCGCUGUUAAGAAUGGCAAAGACGAAGAAGCUCGAGAAAAGAUGGCCUAUGCACAAUUCCUUGGUGGUAUGGCUUUCAACAAUGCUUCUCUUGGUUAUGUUCAUGCUAUGGCUCACCAACUUGGUGGGUUUUACAAUAUUCCCCAUGGUAUUUGCAAUGCCAUUCUUCUUCCUCACGUCCAAUUGUUCAACUCAAAGGAUGCUGGAGCCGCUGCUCGUUUGGGCGACGUUGCUGCUCAACUUGGCUGCGAAGAACACACUGCCCAGGCUGCUAUUGAGAAGAUUCAAAAGUUGAACGAGCAAGUGGGCGUCAACCCUUAUCUCAAAGACUUGGGCGUUUUUGAAAAGGACUUUGACAACCUCUCUCAGAAUGCUAUGAAGGACGCUUGUGGUGCUACCAACCCUAUUCAACCUACCCUGGACGAAGUCAAGUCUAUUUUUGCUGCUGCCUAUUAAACCGCCUAUUACUCCAUUCUUCAUACCCUUCAUUUUUCAUUCCUUUGUUCAUCCAUAUUCAUAGCCAGAUGGCUACAUCGCUUCUUCUGUCAAUCUUUCUUUUUUCUUUGUAGAUAUGUUGACUAGUAGUUCCUUUAUGUUUUUUUAGCUCCUUCUCGAGCUAUAUUGUAUAUACUGUAUUUCUACAUUCCCCACGAUAGCAAUGGAAUUUUCAUUUUUUAAUUUUUUUUUUUUUUAUCUCUGUCAUUUAAAUUCUCUCAUAGUAAGUACUACAUGCAAACUUAUCACUUAGUUUCUCUAUACGACUAUUUUUCCUCUUGCG